AAAGUUUGUUUGGGUUCGUGCGCGCGCACGUGUGCGCCGAUGCGCGCUCUCUGUUCAGAUUGAGAGAGUUGAGAUUUGAAAGUUGGAGCAGAAAGGAUCUUGGUUCGUUUUUAAGGCUUUUGAGACCUGCAGAGAUUCCGGGAUUACUGAAACAAGGUAAAUAGAUGAAGAGGAAAGGUACAGUAUUCUCUCAGAACCUUUGGAGACGCCUGAAGUCCUUUCAGGGUGAUGGAUGCAGAGGGGGUUCUCCAGGAGGAGGAUAUGGAGGGAUCAUGGACGCUGCUGUCCCUUUUGGCGUCCCUCCUCAUGGUGUUUGGGGGCGCCUUGCCGUACAUCCCGCAGUAUCAGGAGAUCCAGAGAAGCAGCAACACAGAGGGCUUCUCCACCAGAGUUUGCCUGGUUCUACUCGUAGCCAACAUCUUGCGAAUAUUCUUUUGGAUAGGGAAACAGUUUGAGCUGACACUGUUGCUUCAGAGUGUGGUAAUGAUCCUGACCAUGUUUGCCAUGCUCCACCUCUGCUGCACGGUCCACAAUAACAACCGAGUGAGCACCAAGCAGCAUCGGCUUACAGAUUUAAACCUUCACUACUUUUGGAGUUGGAGUGCUUUUGAGGACUACCUCCUAUUCUGCUUCGGUUUUACUGUGGUGUCUGCUGUGACCACUCUGCUGCUGCUAGACUCCGUCAUGUUUGUCGAGGCUCUGGGCUCCCUGGCUGUGAUGUUUGAGGCAAUGCUGGGCGUCCCACAGCUGCUGCAGAACUUCCAAAACCGUUCCACCAAAGGAAUGAGUGUGAAGAUGGUUCUGCUCUGGACGGCAGGGGACAUCUUUAAGACCACCUACUUUGUGAUGAAUGAAAGCCCAGCUCAGUUCUGGGUGUGUGGUUCAGUUCAGAUCCUGGUGGAUGUGGCCAUCCUGCUCCAGGUGCUGUCUUACAACUCGGACCUGCGGCCCAAGCUUGGUUAAAGGCUGAUCAGAAGAACAUUGUGAGAGAAGAAUCUUUUAAUUAAGGGUUAGAUUCUAGUUAGAAAUAUUUUCCUAUGUAGGAUAUGAGAAUAUGUGGAAAACCAAUUUAAUAAUUUUUUUGUAUCCUCUGCUUGGUCUCUGAGACCUAAUCAAAAUUAUUUUUAAUGAAACAUGAUAAGAUAAUAUUUAAUCGCAUUUAUGGUUAUUUUUCUACUAUUUAUUGUCACAAUGUGACUUAUUUUUCACACCCUUUAGUUUUAUUGAGCAAGAAAACCUUUGAGGGAAACAUAACUUAUAUUGGCAGCUCACUAACAGCAGACCUGUGCUGCUGUAAUGGCCACUCCAAUAACCAGUCUGUCACUGGAACUACUCCACUAGAACCAGCCUUCUGACUGAUAGUUCUCCGGCUUCACUCUCGUGUCUCCUCCGGACUGUUCUUAACGUGUGCAUGUAAAUCUGGCUGCAGGCAGGAGCACGCGUGUUGAUGUUUUUGCUGCAUCUCUGUAGCUGAGAUUUAUUUUUGCUGUUGAAAUCCAGCAUCAGUCUAAGGCCAGAUGAUGCACAUCAACUACAGCUUGGUUUGGUGGUUAUACAUCUGUCUGUUUCUUUGGUCCAGAUGAAGAGUAAUUCUGCUUUUACCUCCACAUUUUGGGCAUAUGAAAGUUUUAAAUCCCAAUCACUAUCUUUUUAAGAGGAAACAAGAUAAAUAUUAGGUCUAUGAUUUGUGUUUUGUAUUCCAAAUUUCAAUGUAUUUUCCGGUCCUGGCAGCAUAGUAAUCAAGUUUGCAGAGGUAAACCACUCAGGAACAAUCAAAUAUUUAUUUCACCCAUUCACUGAUAUGUGUGUGGUUAAGUUUCGGCCUUUUAUAAACCUGGGGCAGGUGGUAAUAUAACUUAGAAUCUCUGUCCCAUUAAAUUAUUUUAUUUGUGUCUUAACUUGAUGAAAUCAUUGGGAAAUCAAUCUAAAAUCAAUUGAUUGUUUUUCUGAUAUACUUUUUCUUAUUUUAUUUUAAAGGGUUUUAACCCAUCCAAAAUAAAUGCUGCGAAAAAAAACAACUAAUUCUUUAAAUGUUGGACAAAAGUCAUAAAAUGUAAAAAUAAAGCUUUUUUUUUUAAAGAAUUUUGCCUUCAACAGGUAUCAGUCAGUCUUAUUAUUCUCAUAAGUAUGAAUGGUAAAGUUUAAGAAAAGAUUUAUAAAAUACCACAUACUGACAAGGGGCCUUAUUUCAUGUCUUACAAAAAUAUGCAUUAGUUAUCAUAGUUUGCACUACUUGAUCAAUUUUACUGUGCUUGAAUUUAGAUUGUUCUCCUUUAUGAUAAAUGGAGAAAUGCAUUCAUCUAAGAAGCCUGAGAAAUGCAGAACUUAAAGGGGUCAUAGAAUGCAAAACCGAGCUUACAUUGUUAUAAAUGAAUAACGAUAGUUCAGUGGGUGAAAUGGACGUACAGAGAAGUUCAAACCCCAGCGACACCUCCUUUCUCUGCAAAUCUCACAAUUCUUAACUUCGACCAUGAAACCGGCAAAUCCAAACGAAGCCCCGAAUUGACCUCAAUUUGGAGAUGAUGCCUUAUUUGGUUCUGGCCUGCACCUUUGCAAUCCCCCGAAAUUUACAUACAGACCUGCCCACUGGUUCGCUGGCCCAAGGGAGGGGGGGUGGGGGGUUAUGACUGGACCUGACCUCAGCAGAAAGCCACGAGCCGCCCAUCCUCAGCCGGAGGAGGGGGGCUGGGGGCCGGUAACAGACAUCCCAAGUCUCCCAGAAGUUCUGGGAGUCUCCUUGAUAUACAUAGCUGUUCACGGAUGCCCGCAAGUCGGAUAAAUUAUCCAGGAUUUUAGACUAUGCGAGGUGGUGUUUUUUUUUUUUUACAGUUUUUUUCGAUUGCGCAGACAUCAAGAGAGAGGGGAUUGUGGAGAGGAGGUUGCUUGUGAAACCUGUGCGUAUCUGUCCAAAGCGAUGCUCUGUUCAACAAGCGUUCCAGGUGACUGGUUGUCAGAGCACGCUGAUUGGAUUGGUCAAAAAAAUAAGUCAAUAAGUUUGGUUUACUCUCUUACAGUCACCUAGUUACCACUCAAAGCUGUGCAUCCUGUGAAAUAAGUUAAAUCCUCCAUUGAAAAACGAAAAUAUAAGACUCAUUUUACAGCAGAGUAAAUUGAAGUAUGUCCGCGUCUACUCAAGGUGAAGAAUGAUGAAGUGUGUAUGUAUGGGGCACAAUGCGGGUCGGUUGUAUUUGGCUGCGGCGGGCGGGGCCAGUGGUUUGCACUGUAGUCGACCAAAAUCCCAGACGAUUUUGAAAUUCCCCCGGACAUUUUGUUAGGCAUGAAAAGUAGGACAUGUCUGGGGAAAAAGACGACGUCUGGUCACCCUACCAUACCAUGUUUCAGUGAGUGAGUGCUUGUUGCUAUGAUGCGUCUUUGCUCAGCAGCUUCACUCAUUGUAAACCAACCAAUCAGCGCACAGCUCAUCUAAAUAUUCACUAGCAUACCAUAAAAAGAAGUAAAGCUGUCGCUUCAUUCUAGGGCUUUUAACCAGGCUUGCAUUAGGGCUCAUAGAACAGCAAAUAUGCAAUUUUAAGCCCAACCAAUGUUACACACCAUAUUCAGAGACCUUAAGCACCAGCACCAAAUACCCCAUAUAAUCAUUCUAUGACCCCUUUAAAGAUACAUUUUUAUGCAUGCAAGAUAUCUUUAAAGUAGCCUUUUUUUUUAUCUCUAUCCCUGCUUAGAUUUUCUCUGUGAACUUCCAAGGUCCAUUAAGAUGACUUGGCAGUCCAAUAUUUACUGUAGGAGGGAGUGUUUGUCUACAAAGGACUGGCAAUCCUGCCUUCAGGCUCAUGAAGUGAGAGCUGAAGUACACCCUCCACCCACCCCCACCUACUCUGAAUAGGACCUACCAAGUAAAAAUAUUUAGACUGGUCAUAAAACACAGAUUCUGACUAGUUAUUCAGGUUAGUGUUUGGUAGAAAUACUCCACUCAGAGAUGUAUCAGCAGAAAUUAAGAAUAGUGUUCAUUGUUAAUGCCGAUAUGCAUUUAAAUGAAACUAAAAAGAGUCCAACUUCUAUGUUACAACAUUUUAAAAUCAAAUUCCUGAGAAGUGCAGACGGUUAACAGAUGCAACUGAUUCAAAAUCUAUUUGGUAACAGACACAAAAAAAAUAUAUCCUGACAUCUAAAUAUGUUAUUAAAAAAAUGUUUUAUAUUGUGACAGGAACAAAGGGUGCUCGGCUUUCCUCAUCCUUUUAAACCAGAAGUUUCUAGACAGUCCUUUAAAUGAGAUUUUAUUCUUUUAUGAUCUGUGAAAUGGCCAUAAUGAAACUUGAAAGUUGGAACUCCUUCAUUAAAACGAGGAGUUUAUAUAAACAGCCUGCUGAUGCAUCAUGUUUCCUUUAUGCCGCCCCUUGAAAAGUCAUUUAGGAGCUGCAGAGCAUGCAAAGUAGAAUGGUAACCCAAGCGAGGACGGUUGCUCUGAUCAUCUUACCUCCCACUUAAUUAUGUCAUCAGCCAUGUUUUCCACAUACAUUCAUUAUCUCUGCCUCUACAGUUAAACUGGAAGGCUUCAGUUAUAUUUUGUAACGAUCCAGCAUAAUUUUAGUGUUCGUCUAUUGGUGUUGUAGCUUAUGUUCAGCUUGAUAAAUGUAGGGGUGAAAUUAAGCCCAUCCAGCAGCUAAUCAGCAGUCAGGGCAUGUUCCUGUUUAACCAGCCUGAUGUAUUCAGGUAAUAAAAGUAUGAGGUUAUUAAUUCUUUUAGACACCUUUUUAACAUAGCAGCUUUGUUCCAUCUGUCAGUGUGAACCUGCAAACCUAACUAAAUGCCAGCAGUGUUUAUUUUUCUCUUGAUUAAAACAGUCACGCCAAGCAGCUGAACCGUAAGAUUGUGUCCUAAAUAUUCCUGGGUUAUGAAUAAAACUAUGUUAAUGUGUUUUAGACGACCAGCUUCAUGCUUCUUGUUUUUUUUUUCUUUUUCCUAUUUUUAACUGUGCUUUAGUUUUUCUUGAAAUCUGUUUUCUCAGCUCUCAUUGUUCGGCAGCUGUUUUCUGCAUUCUGUGCACACGUUUCAGCAGAUGCGUAUCUCUUAUAUUGUUUCACCCCCCAGCAGAGGCUCAGGUCAGCACCCUGCCUGCUGGCUUUACAUGAACAUUUUGAUACUGUCUGGCUUUUUCUUUUCAAGGGCAGUGUGAGAGAUGAUUACACUUGCAUUCUGGUUUAGUAAAUCCGUCUGUGUUAAAGGUCACAAUAUGCUAGAUGCGUUUUUAUUUUCACAGCUAAAACUGUUAUAAAAAUGUGUCUGGGACUGUUCUGAUGCAGAACCCUGCAGAAAUAUUCAUACCCUUGAACUUUUACACAAGCUGUAAAUAUCUGUGUUUAUUUGUUAGAGGUUUUUGAUUUUUUUUUAUAUCACAGACAAAAUAGUUUAAUUAUGAAGUGGAAAAUAAAUUGAAAAAAAUGUUUUCUUUUCUUCCACAAAAUACUUUGUAAAAUUUCCUUUAGCCUCAGGUCUUAGGGUUCGUCUCUCGGUGUGUUGCACAUCCACAGGCUGACUUUCUUGCCCACUCUUUUUGUACAAGAACUCAGGCUCAGUCAUGCUGGAUAGAAAACAUAGAUGAAAAACAGUUUUUAAAUCUCGACUUGGUUUGUCAGUUGGAUUUAGGCCUAGACUUUGACUGCUUUAAGAAAGAGAUUAUAUUUCACCCAUCUGGAUUAUAUACUGUAUAUCAUUUAUCUGAACCUUUCGUGGUAUUUUUUUAUUUAUUCCGAGGUAUUUCAUUAUAAAAGGGCUGAUUACAUUUGUACCUGUUUCAAGGAUCUAUUUCAAGCAUGGCAUUUUUUCUUCUCAGUUAUUUUGUGUUACAGGGAAGUUUGUGUUGUUAAAGAAACAGAGGGUUUGAAUACUUUUGCGUGUACUUUUGAUUGUAAAUGUUCUUCUUUAAAUGUUGAAUUAUUUGGCCAAAGCAAAGUACGUAAAAUAAACAAUAUUUAUUUGUUGCUGUUUUU